AUGCCUAAGACUGGAUUUCCCGUUGAAGACCCGGUAACCUCGUACUGGCAACUUCCCCCUCACCGCAUUGCAAAUCAUCGAACGACUCCCGAUCUUCCGAGCAAUGCUGAUUAUGUCAUCAUCGGAUCAGGGAUCACUGGCGCUGUUGUCGCCCACAAGCUCCGUGAACGUGAUGAAACAGCAUCGAUACUCAUGAUAGAGGCCCGAACAGCUGCCUCAGCAGCAUCAGGUCGAAAUGGUGGCCAUUGUCGCGCCGGAUGGUGGCACAGAUUUCCGCGUCAUGUUGAGAAAUAUGGGGAAGAAGAAGCAAUCAAGAUCGACAAACUUGAGCAGGCAAAUGUUCAAGCAAUGGCUGACUUUGUUUGUCUAAAUGACAUCCAAUGCGACUUCACACUUGUGGAAACCGCAGAAGUGUUUAAGACGAAGGAGAAGUUUGAUGUAGCGGUGACUGCUAUCAAAUUCAGGCAAGCUUUCCAUCAGCGGCGACCCGAGUCCAAAAUCGCCAUUACCCAGAUGGUUCUACAAGGCAAAGAGGCUCAGAAAGCUUUCAGGAUCCCUGAUAUUGUUGGUGCGACAACGUAUCCUGCAUACACUCAGAAUCCAUAUCUUCUGGUUUGUAACAUGCUUGAACUGAGUCUAGGAAAAGGCCUCAAUUUGCAAACCAACACGAUUGUAACUCGGAUUGCCAAACAAGAUGAUGAGUGGGAAGUCAUUACACAAAGAGGAUCUGUGCACGCGAAAAACGUUAUCCUCGCCACCAACGCCUACACGAAUGUGCUUUACCCGGACUUGACUGCAACGGGCUUUCUCGUACCCAGUCGACGCCAGGUAUCAGCAAUCCGUCCGGGUGACAAAGCUCAUAAACUUCCAGCUCUGAGGAAGAGUUGUGCCUUGUCUGAUUAUAACGGAGGAGACUAUUUCCUAGUCCGAGAAGAAGGUACCAGAGGGGGUGGGGAUAUGCUUUAUGGCGGAGGAGAGCAUAUCGACAAAGGCACAGGUUGCACUGAUGACUCAAAGAUCAACUAUGAGAUUGCGGAGUAUCUCCACCAUGCGGCCGGAGAUUAUAUCGGGCGCGGUGACUGGGGAAAAGGAGACAAAGUAGUGCACGAUUGGGUCGGCAUCACAUGUUACACGCCGGACUCAUUCCCUCUAGUCGGCGAAGCCCCAGGCAAGCCAGGACUUUGGGUGUCUGUCGGAAUGAAUGGACAUGGAAUGGCGUUUGCUUACAAGUGCGCCGAGGCGUUGGUGUGCAUGAUGGAUUCAGAACCAGAGUGGCUGCCAAAAUCUUUCCGCCUUGCCAGAGCUUUCGAGAAACCGAAUGAAACGUUCCAAACGACAUAG